AUGAAAAACAAGGAUAAGUCCAGUAAGCCGUCCUCAGCUGGUCGUGUGGCCGGCAAAGGCUUGUCCAUGAAAUGGUCGUCAUACUAUAACACUGGUGGGCGAAAGGAGAGAAAGACCAACUUGGAAAGCCAGUCGCGCGAGGUUCAAGAACUCAGGACACAAUUGGCGCGGAUUCCGGAGAUGGUCCAAGAGCAAGUGCAACACCAACUGGGAGGGGUGAUCACCGCCAUUGUGCCUACCUUGAUUGAGGGGCUGCAGGCGUGGAUUGCGGGCGGCCAACAGGGGCCGCCCCUGGUUCCCAGCUUCACGGCUAGCAACUCGCACAACCCGCAGGCGGUGCCAUUGGUGUCUCCGGCGCCGGCACGGGAUCCGGACGACGACGACGACGACGACGGUACAUUUACCAAGGUCGAUAAGUACUUUGCCGAACAUGGGUACGGUGAGGAAUUCUUGGGGCCCCCUUCUCUAGAACCUAACCCUGCAAAAGACGACCGCGAUCUAGCUGGUACGGCGGAGAAACCCAAUUGCAACAGGCAUCGUCUGGCGUUCAGUUCUCAGGAGACGCCUCCAGCUGCCGCCUUCACCGAGCCUCAGAUAGCCGAGGACGGGCCACCGUCACCUAAGGAUAUCUCGAGGAGGGCGCAUGUGGCGGGUAGGCCGAUGCUACCGACUAAUCUGCUCAAUGCUGCAACCGGUGCUAUGCGGAGUCUGCAUGACAUUGUUCUUUCUUUGGAGAAGCGGCGUCUCUCCGAGAAUGAUGUGGCAUACCCGGUUUUCGUGGCCAAGGUGCCAGAGGGCAAGGGCUUUGUCGAUAGCGCCAUCGGGGGUAUGAUCGUCCUGCGGUUUGCUGACAUCUUCGCUAUGUUUAACCUUCAUCCGCUGCACUACACCUUCAUUCGGCUAUUUUCGCUGAGUAUGGAGAUGCGGAUCAUUAGAGACAAGACCCCGGACAUCGUGAUAGUCGACCCCUUCUAUAUGCGUGCCAAGAUCUUGGGCAGCGCUGGGGACCGGCAAGUCGCGAGUUCAUACCUCGAAGGCGUCAUUCUGGCAAACCCAGAUAAAGAUAACUUCCUCGUGCCUUACUUUCCCGAUGACACACAUUGCACACUCAUCCUCUUAAGCCCGAAAUAUUCCAUGGCCACGUAUUUCGACUCGGACCGUCAGUCGAAAAAAGACUACACAAAUAUCAAGAAAGUUCUUGAUGAAGCUGUUCCCGGCUACGCCAGAUCUGGAGGCACCUUCAGCAGGACAAUUCGUAGGUACGGCCAACAUGUGUUCACUCACAAUACGACGUUCCCCUGCGUCAAGCAGCCGCCUGGCGGUCAGAAGGAUGCCUCCGAGUCAGCAAUUCGAGCCCGCCCCAUGGCCAUGGCCGCUGCUGUCGCGCGCCGCCUCCUCCGCCUGCUCUCCUUGCGCCCGAACCCUAAACCCGCCUCCCUCUCCUCCCGCUCCUCCGCCGGCGAGCGUGAGGGCGACCCCCUCUCGUGGCGCCUCCUCCGCCUCCGGUCUCCGGGCGCGGCGGCCGCCGCCAUCGACAAAUGGGCCCAGGAGCGCGGCCGCGUCUCGUGGCCGGACCUCCAGCGUGCCGUCUCCCAGCUCCGCCGCGCGCGCCGCUACGGCCACGCCCUCGAGGUGAGCGGCUUCAACCACCAGUCCCUUCUCUGA